AUGGCCGAUGAGAAGCGAGCACCGUCCCUUGACCGGGCCGCUGCUCCCAAUGUCCACGACGAUGUCGUCCUCGUCGAGGCUAAGCAUGCCGCCGACACAGAGCACUCCAUGUCUCUGCUAAAGGCCAUCAAGCUCUACCCCAAAGCCAUCGGAUGGUCCGUCUUGCUGUCGUCAACCCUGAUCAUGGAGGGUUACGACUUGGCCCUCCUGGGCAGCCUUUACGCCUCCCCCGUCUUCAACAAGAAGUUCGGUGAAUGGAGCGAGGCCAAGGGCAAGUAUGCCGUCUCAGCCGCAUGGCAGUCUGGUCUCUCAAACGGUGCGCGAGCCGGUGAGAUCUUCGGCCUGCUCAUCGCCGGUUGGACCGCCGAUAAGUUCGGCUACAAGAGGACCACCGUCGGAAUGUUGAUUGCGAUGAUCUGUUUCAUCUUUGUUCUCUUCUUUGCACCCAACGUCAAGGUCCUGGUUGUUGGCGAGAUCCUGUGUGGUAUCCCAUGGGGAGCUUUCCAGAGUGUGACGCCAGCGUAUGCCUCCGAAGUUGCGCCCAUGGUCCUACGACCGUAUCUUACGACAUUCAUCAACAUGUGCUGGGUGAUCGGGCAGUUCUUUGCUGCCGCCGUAAACAAGGGUUCCGUCAACCGCAGCGAUCAGUGGGCAUACAGGAUUCCCUUCGGAGUGCAAUGGGUGUGGCCUGUCCCAAUCCUAAUUGGACUCCUCUUUGCUCCUGAGUCUCCCUGGUGGUAUGUCCGCCAUAACCGGAAGGAUGAAGCCAAGAAGUCUCUGCUUCGCUUGACUUCCCGCAACCAGCCUGGAUUCAACCCCGAUGAGACCAUCGCCAUGAUUGAGCACACCAACGAAUUGGAGAAGCAGUUGAAAGAGGGUGUUGGAUUCAAGGACUGCUUCAAGGGCAUCGAUCUGCGACGAACUGAGAUCGUUGUCGGUAUCUGGCUCGUGCAGACUCUUGGUGGCCAGAACUUGAUGGGCUAUUUCUCAUACUUCCUUACUCAAGCCGGCAUGGAUGCUAGCAACUCGUUCUCACUCUCCAUGGGUCAAUAUGCUCUAGGUAUGGUCGGUACUGCUGGUUCUUGGUGGCUCAUGUCCCGUGUUGGCCGCAGGACGAUCCAUUUCAGUGGAUUAUGCGCACAGUUCUGCAUCUUGAUCAUCGUUGGAUGCCUGUCAUUUGGUACCACCAAUGGUUCGGUCUGGGCCAUCGGUGCUAUGCUCAUUGUAUUCACCUUUGUGUACGACUUCACUGUCGGCCCGGUGACCUACUGCUUGGUCUCUGAGCUGUCAUCUACCCGUCUCAAGGCGAAGACUAUCGUGCUGGCCCGCGCUGCGUACAACGCUAGCAACAUCUUCGUCAACGUCAUGACCAACUACCAGCUCAGCUCUACCGCAUGGAAUUGGGGUGCACGAACUGCCUUCUUCUGGGCUGGUUCGUGCCUACUCUCUGCCAUUUGGGUGUUCUUCAGACUGCCCGAGCCCAAGGGACGCACUUAUGCCGAGCUGGAUCUGCUCUUCGAACAGCGCAUUCCAGCCAGGAAAUUUGCGAAGACGAAUAUCGACCCGUUUGCUCGCGGACUCAGCGGCGGAAAGAAGAUGUCGGUUGAGGAGGAGAGGUUCGAGCAUGGCGCAAGCAAGGAGGUUUCCCCGUAG